AUGCUGAAGGCAACGAGUGAAAUUGUCUGCUAUCUGGACAAUAGUUGCGAAUCAGUUAAUAACGUGGCCCCGUUGCUUGGCAACGCAGCGGCGGCGCUAGCCAUCAAACUGGCCAAAUCGCGCAUAGACGAAUACCAAUGCCCAGCAACACUGCACCUGAAUAAACUGCAACGUGGUCUCACCCCCAUAACCACACCGGCCCCACCUUCUACACCUACACAGCCACCAGGCACUGGGCCUGAGACGCGAUGUCCGGAGAAACCAAUCAGCGACCUUAUACGAGAAGUGUUCAGCAAUGCCGAUUCUCUCAAUCGAAGUUUUUUGCAGACGCCACACAUAGACGAGUCGAGCCCGCGGAUCAUAUCGCGCUCGAGCUCACCCACAUUUGAAGACACCGCCGCGAAUGCCUCAAACGCCACCAUGAUGUCUGAUGAUGUGAACGGUGCCCGUGCACAAACAGGGACAAGUGGGGGGCUAAUUUUAUCUGAAGACGGGUCCAAUAGAGGGUCUGGUGCCGGGAACGCAGGAGGUGUUGAUGCGCACAGUAGUGCCAUUGGGUAUACAGACACAGUCGCGAGCGCGAAUGCGAAUGCGAAUGGGGUGAGUUUCAGUAGCAGUAAUGACGGGCACAGGUUGAACAGUAGUAAGUCGAGGGGAGGUGGAGCAUCGAAGCGGGGUCAAAGAGAUGCGAAGAAAAACGCAGGAAACAAAGGCGCGGAUAAGGAGAGCCCACGGCGUACAUGGGACCACAACAAAUUCCUGAAUCUAAAAAUAGAUCUGGGCAAAUACACGCAGGACCAGCAGCACAUCAGGCCGCACGAUAUCAGAGUAAAUUUUGCCGAAGUUCGGGAUGUUUUUACCACCAUCUUCGCGUUCGACGCGCUGCGCCAUAUGAUCCUCGUCUCUAUGAAUAUGUGGGCGGCGAAAGUCAAAAGUACACAGCGGCUGCAGCCCAAGAAGACCUUUGCCGCAUUCCCUACCGCCGUACAGGGUGACGGGCAAAGACAAAUAUUCAGACAUGAGGACGCGGGCUUACCCCCUACCCUUAGACCCCUUCCCCCGGUCAGAGUACUUGAAAGCCAACUACCAAUGCAGUCAUCUAUAUCAACGGAAAUGGGUUCGAUUACGGGUACGGCGGUAGCCCUUGAAAGUGCACCCACCGUCGCACACACGAAUCACUACGAUAUACCUGAUAGCGGGCAUGAAAAAUCAGGCAUAAGUGUUGGCAUGAAUCCUCACGCGAGAAAAAGUAUUCCAAACGGCGCGAAUCACGCCACUUCUUCGAUGCUGCCCGGAGCUAAUCUAGGCCAGUACGUGAUCAUCUUCGAGAACCCCGCGUUGAUGGAGCAUGAGUAUCAGGAAAUGGUCAUGCCCCAGUUGAUGUAUUCACUCGCAAUGCUAUCCGAAGCGGACCAAGACAGGCUCGCUUUGUACUGGAGCAGGAAUGGACACGCUACCAUGCUACAGCGAGUGCAGAAGGUUCAGCAGUACAUCACCAUGCGCAUCCUGACCAAAACCAGCACGAAUGACUCAUACUCGCCCAAUAAGGAUAUAUAUGUGGCGUGGGCGGUGAAGGCAUUGGCUAUCCUAUUCAGGGCGAAUAUGUUGAGCACCUUGGUGCACGGGCUCGGAGACACGGCCAAGCCAGUAGUAGAUCUCACAGAGUUCUACAACGAUGCCAUCAAUGACCACAUCAACUUGAGGACCGACUUCCCUAUAUGGAAGGCGGGUGAUGGAGGGUUCUCCUUCUGCCAUUUUCCGUUUGUGCUGACUUCUGGUACCAAGAGUGAGAUCCUCAAGGUCGAGUGUAUAGUGCAGAUGCGCCAUGAGAUGCAGGAUGCCUACUUCAGGAGUAUCUUCCACGGGCCCAAUGACCCGUAUCUGUUCUUGACUAUCCGACGGUCACAUCUUAUCAGGGACGCGCUCUUACAGGUU